UCCAGGGCUGUGGGGAGACAGCCGGCCCCGGGCCUGUCCCCUCACGGCCCAGCCGCGCUGGGAGCGCGGGCUGCGCGGGCCGCGGGGGGCCCCUGCCGGGGGCGGCCGCUCACUGCACCCGGCCCCACAGCAGAGCCGGCUCCUUGUUCCGGGGAAUUAUUUCACGGAAUGUUUGUUUGGGUUUUGUGUUUAAUUCAAAAAACAUUUCAUUAUUUUCUCCUGCAGUGUAUUCAAGCACACGCUCUAUGUAUUUACCUGCAUACACUGCUAGUUAAGCCAAUUCCAUGAACACCAUGAUUCCAUGUUUUCCCAUUUCCUUGCCCCAAAAUGGAUUGAAAAGCCACACAUGGGUAGGAAGCAGCACCAGGUCUCCAGGAGCAUUGUUUCCAAUCUUCGUGCAGACACUGACUUUCCAGGACUGAUGCUGCUGUACAUGCAUAAUGACACAGAAAGCCUAGAGGAUAGUUUUACCAUGCAGCUGACAGAUGGCAAGCGCACAGUCCAAGGGACACUUUACAUCUACAUCAUGCCAGUCAACGAUGAAAUCCCUCAUCUUUCCAGGAAUAUGGGUUUGGAAGCUGAAGCAGCUGACAAAAAGCCAUUUCCAGUACUGGGCCACAAACAGACACCAAAGAUGCUUCAGGGGAUGAGCUCGACCAAACUGUCCCCAUAUGCCCAGAUCUGCAACUGGAGGUAGCAGUAGCUUUAGGGAUCUUAUUCCUCCUUUGUCCUGGGGAUGAGUGAAAUCCCCAGCCAGCUCCUGCAGGAGUAGGCUUGUUCUGGUAGUAGUUUAGUCCGUGACUUGGUUUUGGUUGAUAGGGUAAGCAGUGAGACCAAACACAGAUUUUUAUCUGACACUUUCUCCUGUGUUGAGGUGGCUCUGGAAGGUCUCCUGCAGGAUUUCUUUCUUGUUUCCUCCUUGUCUUUGCCUCAAGGUGCCCAUAGCCUCUGUCCCUAUCCCACUUGGAGUGAACACAACACACCUAUGGAACACCGGGGCAACCUGGACACCAUCCUCAGGCUCACCCUGCAGCAUUCCAGCUGGGGAAUAACUCAGAGAGAAGGCUUUGCCUCUUGGGCUCAGAUCCUAGAAACUGCUUGUUGCUGCACAUCUCCCUCCACCCUCUCUCUCUGCAAUGACACGUUUUAGCUGACUUUUAUGUUGGUUCACUAAGCCACUGUGCUGUCUUCUUCCUUUUAUAAUUAAGCAACUUGAGAAAUCCUUUGAGGUCAAUAAAUUCUGAGGAGGCUUACAUAAAACAGAAUAUAAAGUGGAGAGCCUUGCCAUCAGAAGCCAGUAAAAGUCAGUGACACCUCUGCAAAUGGCAUUAUGUCAUUGCCUAAUAUUAGUAAGAAACAGUAAGAUUAUGUUUUUUGUUCAGAGCUAUAAAAAGUAAUGAGUGUCACAUAAUCUACUGAAAGGAAGGGGUGGGGGGAGUGCAUGAGAGGAGAGAAAGGUGACUGGAAAAGUGAACUUCCAUUUUUUUGGGCA